GCAAGGGCGGAGGCGGUGCCGGUGACGCGGGCUGAGGCGGCGGCAGCGACGGGCGGGCGGUGGCGGCGCGUGCGGUGCGCGCUUCUCCGUGUCCUGGGAGCAGAGUCCCGGCUCCCGCCGCCGCCAUGUCGGGCCGGUCCGUCCGGGCCGAGACCCGCAGCCGGGCCAAAGACGACAUCAAAAAGGUGAUGGCGGCCAUCGAGAAAGUGCGGAAAUGGGAGAAGAAGUGGGUAACUGUGGGUGAUACAUCCCUUAGGAUAUUUAAAUGGGUGCCAGUAGCUGACAGCAAAGAGAAGGAGAAAUCAAAAUCAAAUAAUUCAGCAGCCCGAGAGCCUAAUGGUUUUCCCUCUGAUGCCUCUGCCAACUCUUCUCUCCUUCUUGAAUUCCAAGAUGAGAACAGCAACCAUUCUAUGUCUGACGUCUAUCAGCUCAAGGUGGACAGUAGCACCAACUCGAGCCCUUCCCCCAGGCAGAGUGAGUCACUGAGCCCAGCACACACCUCAGAUUUCCGAACGGAUGAUUCCCAGCCACCCACGUUAGGCCCAGAGAUAUCUUGAGGGGUCACCUUGUUCCUUUUUUCAGAACCCUCCCUGCCUGCUUCUGAAGUGGCUGAUGAACCUCCCACCCUCACCAAGGAAGAACCAGUCCCACUGGAGACACAGGCCGCGGAGGACGAGGAGGACUCAGGUGCCCCCCCACUAAAGCGCUUCUGUGUGGAGCAGUCUGCUGUGCUGCAGACAGCGUCAGAAAGCUAGCGACACCCCUGAGUCCCUGCCCGCUUGGCCCCUAGCCUCUAUUGAUGGAAUUCUGGUCCUGGCUGUGCUGUGUUGCUGGGGUGAAGGCAAGCACUGGGCUCCAGAGACUGCAUGUCUCAGCCCCCGCCCGGCUGCAAGGCUGCAGUGGGGAAAGUGGCCGGAGGACUGGGGGUCAUGGUGUCAUCUUCCCAUCCCUGGUACCUGUUUGCUUGCUCCUAGGAAGAGGGCUGCUUUUCCCCCUGUGCUUUCCUUAGGGGACUCAGGUUGCAAGUGGGUGGCCCCAGCGUUCCCCAAGCUCUCCAGGGCACACAGGCUUCCAGGUGGAGCUCAGACACUCCCCCCCCCCCCCGGGGGUGAGGCCCUAGCCCUGCCCUUUUCUGUGGCCAAGCCUGGAGCAUCAGUCGUCACUUCCAGUUGUGUGGCCUCUGCUCCUUGGGCUGAGCUGCUGGGCCAGUGAGUGGAGUAGUACAGAGAGGAAUGAGUGCCCUGUAGAGAGACAGCACUUCAGGAUCCUAGUGACCCUUGUGGGAAGCUGUGGACAAAGCCUUUAGGCCCACGGGCUCUCCCAGCAAGGGCAAGAGAGAGCCCUUCAGUCUCAGGUAGACAGGAGUGGGGCUGGAGAGGAGAGGGCAGGAUUGGGUGCCGUGGCCUAAUCUAGCCUUCUGGGAAAAAGGAGGGGCUUCUUCACUACCACCCGACUGAGCUUGGAGGCAGAUCACAUGGAUUUCCAUUUGCCUGAGCCCUCAUGCCUCUUCCUCAAUUGUCCAUCUCCCGUUGGGCUUUCCCCGGCUGCUACUCUUCCUUUCCCUCUCUUCCUCUGCUUCCCCUGCCCUCACAUGCCCCCUUUCCCUGCCCUUUUGGUGUUGCCCCUGUCCCCAGUCCUGGGUCAGCACUGCUGCUACAGCUUAUGUCCCAGCAAGAGUGUGAGGUUCUGGGAACACCAAGCCCAAUUCCUCUUCAGCUCAGACUUUCUGGAAAGUUUCCUUUUCUUUGAAAUCUGCAUGUUGAAUCGAACUUUGUGAUAUUAUUUUUUUGUUUAAAAAAAAAGUUUAAGAAAAUUAAAAUGGGCGACUAUGAGUGAAGACA